GGCAUAAAAACUCUGAACCUGAAAUGGCGGUAAUAAUAUGUUGAACCAAGUUUAGACAAACUCAUCAAGGGAAUAUGAAAAUAAUAACACGUAAGGCAACUGUUAGAGUACCAUCUCAACAGGAACUGCUCAAGCCAAUCAGUGGACCAUUAAUUCUUAAGUCUGCAGUAGCCUGACCACCCAGAGCUCCCUGGAAAAUAAAUAGAAGCACUUUUACUGUGGCAAAGGUGAUUCACUGGAAAUCAGUUUGAAAGUAUUGAGAAAAAAUACACAAAGAUAAGAAGCAUAUUCUGUGGAAUUGUAAUACAGGCUGAUUAAUAUUGGUUUCAUUGAGAUGGGUUACUGGCCAUUAGAGUGUGUGUCCUGCAGCAGAUUCCACAACCUCCCACUUCAUCUGAAAGAUGAAGAAAUUCCUCAUCUAUCUCUUGAAAUCAUUCUUGUUUCUUGGGCUUCUCAUAUCACGUCAUGUCGGGAAUUAUUAACAGAACAAAAGGAAAUGGCACAUAUUUAUGCUACACAGUUUGUUAACCACAAUAUGAAUGUUUACAGUUUGUUCCAAUCAUGUUUUCAUGGUUUGGUGUGAUUACAAAGAGGGCUUGUGUGCGACGGACACACUCACAUACCAGAGGAAGCAGAGAGCAGGGACAAUGACAACUCAGACGGACACACAGACAGAAUUUCUUCACAGAUACCCAGGAAUUAAGUGCAGAUGGUUUAGUAAUAUUUGGUGACUGAUGAUAUUUGUCGUUGGAGUUACAAAAAGUCUGGUUCAGAUGCAUGCAAGUUGACCUGGGCGGUGCAUCAUGUCUUGGUAUGAUGUCGCAGUUCAAAAGCUUGGCUUCCCAACAAUUGAGUUGUUUGUUAAGGCAGGCAGUGACGGCGAGAGCAUUGGAAACUGUCCUUUCUCACAGAGACUCUUCAUGAUCCUGUGGCUUAAAGGAGUCAUCUUUAAUGUAACCACUGUCGACCUCAAACGUAAGCCUGCAGACCUUCAGGAUCUCGCUCCAGGAACAAACCCUCCUUUUGUAACCUUCAAUGGUGAGGUGAAGGUAGACGUGAACAUGAUAGUGGACUUUCUGGAGGAGAAACUAACCCCACCAAGCUACCCCAAACUGGCUCCCAAACAUCAAGAGGCCAACGCAGCCGGCAUUGAUUUGUUUGCCAGGUUUUCCUCUUACAUCAAAAACCAGAAAAAAGAUGCCAACGAAGCCUUAGAGAAAGCCUUACUAAAAUCUCUGCGGCGUCUUGAUGAGUUCCUGCGGACGCCCCUGCCUGAGGAGAUCGAUGCCGAUGCCACAGGUGACCUGCCUGAGUCCACGAGGAGCUUCCUUGAUGGAGAUGAGCUCACUCUGGCUGACUGCAACCUCCUGCCUAAACUACACAUCCUAAAGGUUGUAGCCAAGAAAUAUCGUAACUUUGAGAUCCCAGCAGAAAUGACAGGGGUGUGGAGGUAUCUGAACUGUGCCUACAAGAGGGAGGAGUUCACCAACACUUGUCCUGCAGAGCGGGAGAUCGAAUUUGCUUACCUGGAUGUUGCAAAGAGAAUCAAAUGAGAGCAAGACUUUGAAAUAUUUAGGAAGGGGUACUAUUAAAAAACUGCUCAUAAAGGUUACUUUUUUCAAAGGUAAUUGUGCAUUUGUGUUUAUUUGCAUGUGCUCUCACAGGUUGGGAUGCACCGUGACCUGAUGCUUUCAUAUGUUAGUCACUUUAUGGUAAAAAAUUAGGGAGUAAUUGCAGAACUAGUUCCUGAUUGUCUUUGUAGUCAACUUUUAAUAUUGGCAGUGCCAGGUAACAGAUCAUGUAUGAACAUUGUUAUACUGUAAAACAGAAGUGAAAAUCAGUUUUAAGCAGAAAAGAUAAACGAAAAAUGUUUAAUUAGAACAAUUCUGUCUUUAACAUAUUUUUUCUUAAAUUUUGUAGUAAGUGUAGUUGGUUUUGCCGUAAUGUAUACUUUUUUCUAAUCAUUAUCUUAAUUAUUAUUAAAAUUAUUUUAACAAAAUGUGAAGUUGUCUUCAAUAAGUU